GAGGAGGAGAGGUGGGUGGGGGUGAGAACAGAGAGGUAAUUGUAUGUAAGAGUGAGGCAACCCUUAGCGGAGGGGUAGAAGCAGGAGGAAAGCGAGAAAGGAGGAAGGGAGAGAUUGGGAUGGUAGACCUGGAAAAGAAAAGAAAAGAAAAGAAGAAAAGCAAUAAAAGGAGGGAAAAGGGUGAAGACUGACAGAAGAAAUAAAGGAUCUUCACAGGAUGGGAAGAUAAAUCCUUAAGCAUGACAAUGGAGUCAAGGGUCAUGUGUGUGAGUCCAGGGAAUGGGGAUGUAGUGAGGGUGAUCGACUGAAGGAAAGAAAAACAAAGACAAAGCUAAGUUGGGAACUUCAGUUUGUUACUGUGUGUGAGACAAAGAAAUGUAGCGAGAGGGGGGCGGAGGCAGAAAAAACUUGGGAGUCCACAUGUGACUGCAGCUGAGUUUGGAGAGAGAGGUGUUUUCAGUGUGUAUAGAAAGCAGGGUGGGGGGAGGUGGGGGGGCAGCGAGAGCAGCAUGCAGAGCCUAUGCUUCCCUCUGUCCCUGUAGCAGGGCUGAACGAGAGCCAGGAAAAGGGGAAGGGCCACCCUCUCCUCCUCUCCAGCUGACAAAAACAGCUGCCCAGGAGCUCGAGCUGGAGCCCGUUUAGAGGACAGAGAGGAAGAGAGGAGGAGGAGGGAGGACAGAAGGAGAGAAAAGGGAGAGAAAGAAAGAGGAGGAGGAGGAGGAACAAGUCCCAGAGUCCAGGACCCAUCUACCUAUAUGGGUUGCGUCCUGAGUACGGACUGGUGUGGGGAGGAAGAGGUCCAACCGGUGCCGGUGGUCAGAAAUCCGUCCCUGAAGAACAGGAGCCUGGAGAGGAGCGAGAGUGGCAGGAUGAGGCUGACAAAGGGGGGGAAGGGAGAGCCCCACAUCUUCAAGGAAAAGACCUUCAAGAAGAAGCGCCAGUGCAGUGUGUGUCGUCAGAACGUCGACAACGUCGGCUCCUUCUGCAGAGUAUGCAAGACAGCCACCCACAGGAAGUGCGAGGCCAAGGUGACCUCUGCGUGCAUCCCAGCUCCCUCCAAUGAUUUGCAGCGUAGAGGGACCGCUCCUUCUCGACACACCCAGCACCUGGGUUCCACCAAGUCUCUGACCUAUAGCAAACAGAGGAACACCCUGCCAAGGAGCUUCAGCGUGGACCGCGUGAUGGAGAGAGUGAUGGAGCGCCACUACGACUUCGACCUGACCUACAUCACCGAGAGGAUCAUCUCCGUUUUCUUCCCCCCGAAGCUGGAGGAGCAGAGAUACCGCAUCAACCUGAAGGAGGUUGCUGCCAUGCUCAAGUCCAAACACCAGGACAAAUUUCUGCUCCUGAACCUCUCCGAGAGACGUCACGAUAUCUCCCGACUAAAUCCAAAGGUUCAUGACUUUGGCUGGCCAGACCUCCACGCCCCGCCGCUGGAUAAGAUCUGCGCCAUAUGUAAAGCCAUGGAGACGUGGCUGACCUCCGACCCGCAGCACGUGGUGGUCCUGCACUGCAAGGGCAACAAAGGUAAAACAGGGGUGAUCAUCGCAGCCUACAUGCACUACAGCAAGAUCUCCGCAGGGGCGGACCAGGCUCUCAGUACUCUCGCCAUGAGGAAGUUCUGUGAAGAUAAGGUGUCCUCUUCCCUCCAGCCGUCUCAAAACAGGUAUAUCUAUUACUUCGGGGGCCUUCUGUCUGGGGCGAUCAAGAUGAACAGCAGCCCUCUCUUCCUCCACCAGGUCCUCAUCCCUUCGCUCCCCAACUUCCAGGGCGAAGGAGGUUAUUACCCCUUCUUGAAGAUCUACCAGUCCAUGCAGUUGGUCUACACUUCAGGCAUAUAUGACCUUCAAGGCACUGGAGGCAGGCGCCUGUGUGUGACCAUCGAACCAGCUCUGCUGCUCAAGGGUGACAUCAUGGUCAAAUGCUACCACAGGCGAGCCCAGAGUGCUGACAGAGACACUGUGUUCAGGCUGCAGUUCCACACCUGCACCAUCCACGGAUCCCAGCUCUGGUUUGGGAAAGGGGAGCUGGAUGAAGCUUGUACUGAUGAGCGUUUUCCAUCCGAUGCCACAGUAGAGUUUGUCUUCUCCUCUGGCCCUGAGAAAAUCAAAGCGUGUCCCUCAACAGGCCGUGAGUACCAGAAGAAUGACCCGGCUAUCACAGUUGACUACAACACUGCUGACCCAGUGGUUCGCUGGGAUUCCUAUGAGAACUUUAACCAGCGAUACCAGGACAGCCUGGAAGAUAUUGCCCACACCAGAGGUCCUCUAGAUGGCAGUCUCUAUGCACAGAUAAAGAAGCGUAGAGGUCCCAGCUCUGGUUCUCUCACUUCAACCAAUGGCAGCAUACCAGUCGCAGAAGAUAGGCCAGAUCAUCACCUCAUCGCUCAAGGUUCAGACUCCGCCCUCUCAGCCCAUUCCAUCAAUUUGAACCAAUCAUCUGUCCACCCUGACCGCCAGGAGGAGCCCAUUCGCCCACCGCCCCCAACCAGACAGGAGAGAGAGGAGCUUGAACGUCUUCUCGGAGGCAUAGAGGGAAACCGUGACGGAGAGCGAGAAACCGCCAUCUUGGAUGACGGAGAUUCUUUGCCCUCUGGGACGCUGAGGCUGAAUCGGACCUGUUCCUGCCGGAAUGGUUACAGGUCCCAGCGCUGUGCUGAGCCCGGCUGUGACCGCACCCUCCUCAUGCCUAAUGGUUACUGCCUCGAUCGGGCUCCCGGCACCAACGGGCACCACGGAGCGACCCCUUCUGCCAGCCCCAACCCAGCUGCUCCUCCAUCACACAUGGACCUGUGCCAACACUACAGUCCCCUCUCCCAUCAGUCCCUUCCACCUCCAGACCUGGUGUGGGACCGCCAGAGUGGCCCACCACAUUAUCUACAUCGUUCCUGCUCGGAGGCUCCCUCUUCUCGACAUGUCUGUCCGUACCCAUCACCAGAUCUUACCCCUCACAACCACCCGCAUCACCCCCUAUCCGCCCCGGGGCGCAUCUAUUGUCGAGAUGAUGACUACAGUCCCUACCACCACCCUCCGCCCCCUCACAGCCAUCACCAUCCCCACCCGCAUCACCCCAAACCCUCUACCAGUCCUACCUACCAUGAUAUAAUGCUAAUGGAUGGUCUACCAUCCCCCGGUUGUCCAUGCAGAGACUGCAGCAUCAGGAGAGAAGACUCGGCAGCUUAUCACAGCCUGAGGCUGGACCGAAGUGAGAGCUUCCACUGGGACAGAGAGGCGGAGCUUCAGCAGAGAGAGGUAGGGCUUAGGAGAGCCAGGGAGGCGGAGUUACCCCGAGGGUCAGAGCUCCAUUGGGAGAGGGAUCCUGGGCUGAGGCGAGGCAGAGAGUUGUCUCUCCACUGGGAGAGAGACAGAGAAGCCGAGCUGCAGUGGGAGAGGGACAGAGAGGCUGAAUAUUGGCACAGGAGGGCCACCGUAGCCUCCUAUGGCCCACAGGGUCACGACCUUCCAGCCUUCACAUUUGACCCCUUGCCAUCAGGUCACCCAGCUUAUCCAGAGGCAUCCAGGUCUCACGCUCAUUCCCACCUGGACCUGAAGUACAGCAGCAGCAGCAGCGGCUACCAAACGCCCCGGCAGGUGUGCCCGUGCUCACCGUACCAGCCUUCACCGUCCGAAAGCAGGGGCUACGCCUCGGGCUACCAGUCCGAGUCCACGUCCCCACUGCCUCCGGCUUCCUCCAUGACAGGGCCGUGUAACGGGCCAGCAGAGCAUAACCAUAACCACAGCCAUCACCAUCCAGAUUCACAGCAGUCAUACAGCUCUGACUCACACACUGAUGGCAUGCGGAGCUCUGGUGAAAGUGUGGGCUGGAGGGAUCACAUUGCCCACGGUUCCUUCAAAAGGGUCCACAGAGAUGGCCACGCUGCAUGCUCCACACCAUCUGACAUGUCUGGACCGUCCACUCCCGUCCACACCAGCAGCCCUUUACGGACACAGGAAAGCCCCAGUCCAGGAGGGAGAGAGUACGAGAUCCGGACCACAGACAUCAUCAGCAGUGACUACGAGGCUUCCCAGCCUCAGGACGGACACUAUCGUGCUGAUACCAGUGUCCAAGAAUCCCUAGAAACCCAAAGAAGCAGCACAGAGCCAUCAUCUCUGCCACAAGCUGCCAAAGACACUCAGUCACACACGACUACAGCUUUACAAACUGAACCCUCCAACCACUGCACUGCACCAACAGAGCCGUCCUCCACAACUCCCCAACAGCAGCACUGUAGCCCAGACACACCAUCAGCUUCAACAAUGCAGAACACCUCUUCUUUUGACUCUGCAACACCAGCCUCAUCAAUCCAGGGACUUUGCCAGGCUCCUUCAUCACCUAUUCAUACUUCGCCUGCAACGGAUACACAACCCCAAACCGGCCCUCUCACUCACCAGACGCCCCAUCCUUCAGAAGCUGCUGCUCUGCCUUCUAAUGUGGCACAGGCAGUGUACCAGCCUCAGAGCCAGACUCAAACCCAAGUCUCCGGAUUGACAAGACAGACUCCAGCACAGGUCGUCGCAUCUUCUCCAACCAGGGAACCUCACCCAGAAUCCCCAAAACCCGUCAUCAGCCCUACCCUCAAUGCCACAUCAGUCCCAGCAUCUCCCAACGCAGCUACGUCAUCAUCCCCUCAGGCUGGCUCCACUAGUAUGGAGGGAUCUCCAGUCUCUGAUGUCCCAGUUCCUGGCUUUGCCACUUUGGGUAGGAGGUUGAUGUUGAGCGGGUCUGACCCACACCAUCCGAACCACACCCAACAGCACGGACCCCCACACCACCACUACCCAAGCAUGGAGCACAGCGCUGCCGGACAAAGUCCUGCUCCUGCGGACACUAACAAGAGGCUGUGCUAUUCCGCUCACACUCCUCAGCUCCACCCAUCCUCUUACUCCAACUAUUCCACCAUCUCCAUCCCUCUUCCUCACCCCCAGCCGCCUUUGCCGGAGAAGCGUCACCCACCCGCCCAGUCAGGUUCGCCUAACGAUGGGGCGGGAACUCUGAGGCCAGCCGUGGGUCACGUGAGUCCCUCUGCAACCAGUACUGGGCAGCACCAGCACCACGUCACAUUCUCUCCCACCGUGGGGGAAAUUGCACCCACUGCUGUGCAAAAUGAAGGAGAGGCAUCUGUGGAGACUGAGAAUGCCAAUCGGGUCAGUGUGAAGUUUGUUCAGGACAGCUCAAGGUUCUGGUACAAGCCUGGCAUCUCCAGAGAGCAAGCAAUCGCAGCUCUGAAGGAGAGAGAGCCAGGAACCUUCCUGAUCAGGGACAGUAACUCUUUCCACGGUGCCUACGGCCUCGCCCUGAAGGUGGCUACACCUCCUCCCAAUGUCAACAACCACAACAGCAAAGCGAGCGACCCUCUGGAACAGCUGGUCAGACACUUCCUAAUAGAAACAGGCCCUCGAGGAGUCAAGAUUAAAGGAUGUCAGAACGAGCCCUACUUUGGGAGCCUCUCUGCAUUAGUCUACCAACACUCCAUCACACCCAUCUCUUUGCCCUGCACUCUCAAGAUCCCAGAAAAAGAUCUGAUAGGAGAUCUGCCAGAGGUUCAGCCAGUGAGUAACAUCAGCACAGCUGCAGACCUGCUGAAACAAGGAGCAGCCUGUAACGUCCUCUACCUGAACUCUGUGGAAACAGAGUCUCUGACCGGCCCCCAGGCCAUCGCCAAGGCGACAGAUGCUACCCUGGGUCGUAACCCUCGUCCUUCCGCUACAGUUGUCCAGUUCAAGGUGACAUCACAGGGCAUCACACUGACCGACAGCCAGCGCAGGGUUUUCUUUAGGAGACAUUACCCAGUGAACAGCGUGACUUUCAGCAGCAUCGACCCAAAGGACAGGAGGUGGACUAACUCAGACAACAACACUGUUAAGGUGUUUGGUUUCGUAGCCAAGAAGCCGGGCAGCAUGGCAGAGAACGUAUGUCACUUGUUUGCCGAGUUGGACCCCGAACAACCUGCCUCUGCCAUCGUCAACUUUAUCAACAAGGUCAUGUUGUCACCGCGCCGGUAGACAGACACAGGAAACCCAACUCAGAGCAGCGACAUGCAGCACGUAGUACUGACAAGGAUUUUAAUGUUCAGUCAUGGCCUCGUGUGGGUUGUGACACUAAUGUUAUCUUUGGUCCAUCAGUUGAUGCUGCAAAGAUUCUUCAAGACAUUUUAAAGGCAAUUGUAAAUGUUAGUCCCUGAUCCUUACUGAUGCUUUUACCCCUUUACAUCUACCGGGGCCUGUAUCAUGAAGAAAUAUUACAGCCUUAUUCAGCUGUCUUUGGGCAUAACUCUGGUUUUCUGGUGUCAUGAUGCUGGCUCACUUAUAACCAGGACAGAUCACCAUAGUAACCCACUCCAGAGGAUCAGAUCAAAACCAGUCAACAUGGAGUCAGCAUUGUUGCUACAGGAUCCCGACAUGGACAAAAAGUACUGAGUUCACAAUAUAAAGUCAAGUGUAAAAAAUGACAAUAGACCUUUUUAAUAUACUACCAAGAGUCAACAGACAAUUAAUUGUAUACAGUGUUGAACACACUGUUUAUGAGGGUAUUUAGGUCUUAAUUAUUUCUUUGAAGUAUACAGAAUACUUUGCUUAUCGUGAGGCAAAAAAAAAAAAUCACCAAAAAAGUGAAAUUGAAAUUCAUGGAUUAUCUAUUUAUUCUCUUCUGUGAGAUAUGUUGAAGAGGACGACCUUUAUACAGUUAUAGCUGAAGCCUUACUUUUAGUCUUUGAAUAUAAAUCUACUGUUCGUGUGAAUAUAUUUUAUCUUUCAGUGGUGGGUAUCUCUAUUUCAUCUCGUCUCAUUAACGGCCCUGAAUACAUUCUUUAAAAUCAGCUUCUUACUCAGAGUAACUGGACUGAAUGUAAACAAACUUUCUUAUUUAAAGUUGUGUAUUUCACUUUUUUCUCACUGAUUUGAAAUGUGCAGGACAGUUGGAGAAAAGGUGAUGUCACAUACUUCCUUGGACCAAUCAGGAGUUAGCAACAUUUCAAUCAGAAACUGAUGAUAGU